CUCUCUCUCCCACCUCUGUCAUCUCAGAGAAGAAGGGGGGAAAGUCAUUAGGCACAAAUGGGGAGGAGAGAGCAGCUAGUGGUUGCUAACGCCAUGAAAGUCAGGGCAAAGCUCAGAGCCACUGAGAGAUAGUGAGAGGACUGCACUGGGGAAUAUCUGCCCAGGGAAUACAAUACGUUUUCAGCUCAUUAAGUUGGACAAACAAACGGCUUACUGUAGGAGAUGCUGAGAGUCAUGGACAUCAGCAGGAAAACGUUGGAAAAUCAAUAACUCCAGAGGGGCGGUGGAGGAGCAUUAAUGGGAAGCCAUGAAAUUUACUUGAAGACGCCAGCAGCCUACCUCAGUGCAACCCUUGUCUGGCACUAAAUUGAUGUGGAGGACCAGUGGUGUAUCAGAGACAGUGAGCAAGAUGGGUAACGCCAUGCGAGGCGUCAUUGCCUUCAUCCCCUCUGAGCGCUGUCAGCGCUUCUUAGUGGGGGACCUGAAGGAGAUGCCACUUGAUCGGACCCUGGACCUGAGCAGUCGGCAGCUGCGGCGGCUGCCUGUUGCUGCCUUUGUCUUCAAUGAGCUGGUCAAGCUCUACCUUAGUGACAACAACCUCAGCAGCUUACCGGCUGAACUGCAGAGCCUGAAGAAGCUGCAGCUCCUGGCCCUCGACUUUAACUGCUUUGAGGAGCUCCCUGCAGCAGUUUGCAGAUUGCCCCAGCUCAGCAUCCUUUACCUGGGUAACAACAGGCUUUACCGCCUUCCCAGAGAACUGAGAGAGCUCAAGGAACUUAAUACUCUGUGGCUGGAGACUAAUUGCUUCACUGUUUUCCCUAAGGUGGUUUGUGAGCUCUCUAAUCUCAAGACCCUGCACCUCGGUUAUAACCAGAUAUGGAGUUUACCAAAAGAGCUUAGAAGGCUAGAAGAGCUGAGAAGUAUCUGGCUCGCUGGGAACCAACUGGCAGAGUUCCCACCAGUGUUGCUGGAAAUGCACUUUCUAGCUGUCAUUGAUGUGGAUCGGAACAAAAUACGUCGCUUCCCAGGCCUGUCUCACAUGCAGGGGUUGAAUCUUGUCAUCUAUGACCAUAACCCCUGUGUUAAUGCCCCGGCAGUGGCCGAGGGGGUCAGAAGAGUCGGGCGCUGGGCUGACAGCUCAGAUGAUGAGCAGGAAGAUGAAGGGUCAAAAGCAGCAAGUGAGACUACAGCAGAAGUCGCGGAAGUACACCCUGACGAGGAGCACAACAUUUAGGGUCAAGGUACAAAGUGACCUUCAGCUGUGUCGAGGCUUGGCUGUUCAGGGUGACAUUCAAGUGGAACACUUAAAGCGGAGUGGUGUGUUGUACAUCAGGCUGAUGGUUGGUCCUUAUAUGGUAAAGCCAAUCAUAGUAGUCCAGAACAUGGGCUGUGUGAAAGGGGAGAUUUGAAUCCUGAAAUAAAAAAUGUUUGGUUACUGAUACUGUAUGAAAUGUCAGUGUCAUGUUUGAAUUUGUAAAACUCUGUAUGUGCGUCCAAAUGAUAAGUGACAUUGUAAAUUUCUAUUAAUUUUCACCAACAUCAGAUGUAUGUUUUAUUUUAUGGUGUAAGACAUAUAUCUUGGGGAUUUUGUGGUUAUUAGAAUAUCUGUGGGAUCAAAUCAAUACUGACUAGCAUGUAUUUCUACUUGAUAAAGUGGUGUGUUUGCAGGACAGCAACACAGAAUGGCAUUCAUACUUUUCUAUUUAAUUGACUAUGCAGUUAGUUGUUGCUGAGGUUAUACAGUGGGGUCAUCUAACAAUUUGGUCAUAACCCUGAUGUCAGCAGACGCAACACAUAAUCAUUGAAUCAACAACAGGCGUGAGAUGGCACCAUCCAAACUUAAGCAAAGGUUAAGUGUGAGUUCUUACUUUACAGUGCAGGGAUUGAGAAAAAGAAAAGGAUUCGUUACACAAAUUCUUCCAGCAGAGCCUGAGAUAAUAUCUGUACCUGCUGAGGCUAAAUACAGUGAGGUCUUUAAUACCAGUGAUGGAUGGUUUAAGUCAAUUAGCGCACUCCUUAUCCAGACCAAUGUAUAAUUCAUCAGAUAGAUUGGGGCUGUGGCUUUGAAUAAAGACUGCUAAUGGGCCUUAAUAUCAUCGCCAAAAGGUUCUGAUUUGAAACAGAUCAUAAAUGCAGCUUUCCAAUUCCUCAGUGUACCAGAAAAAUGUUCUGUAAACAAGAUUAAAUAUCAUUCCACAGUGUAUCAUUUUGUGCAUUUUGAAUCCUUUUUAACAAAACAUAGGAAAAGAGAUUAUUUUUUACUGGAAAUGGGAUUAAUUCAAGCAGCAUGAACACAUUGAACUACUGUAUUUCAACAGCUACUUUUUUUCAUUGUGAGUGUUUAGGUAAUUCUAGAGGGUCAGCGAACAUAUAAAGACAUCUUUCUGUUUCAUCAUUUAAAUACAGUAUAGAGUGUGUCAAAGACAAACUUCACGAUUCUGUUAUUGGUUACUGUAACUGUGCAUUUUAUUUACUUACUGCAAAGAAAGAUGAGUGUGUA